GGAGGUUACUCCUUCGUUAAACCCCUCCGUCCCUCCACAGGGCAAACCAGUCGCUGCCAUGGAAGAAGAGUUCGAGGAGGAAGCGCCACCAACAGUCGCAAAAGUUCGAGGCCGCCACAUAAAGAAGAGGGCUCUCAAGAACAAGGCGCUCUCCGUCUCUUUCAGCGAGAAGGAUCUCAAAGAUUUCGUGUCUGGGUUUCACAAGAGGAAGAAGAAACGGAGAAAGGAAGCUCAGAAGAAACAAGAGGAGGCACUUCGCCGCAAGCGCAUUGAGGAGCGCAAAAAGAGAAAACUGGAAAGAGAACUUGCUUUAUAUGGUGCAGCCCCACUGAGGACUGGUUCAGAACUUGAUGAAAGUGAUGGGGACCAUGAGGAAGAUAAAGGAGAGCUGAUUGCAUCAAUUGCUGGGACAACGACAUACAAUAACAGCAACAUGACAAUCACAGUGACAACUAGUGACAUUUCACGUGAGGAAGAAACACUUGCUGGGGAAAACAUACGUCCAACCAUCCCCAUGCCCAAAUUAGCUGAAGCCAAUAAAAAGCACAACCUACCGGUGAGUAGAAAUAAAUCAUUCAAAAAAGUUGCAAAACACAAGACGAGGCCGAAGCCGCUUAAGAAAAGAGAUAAAAAGAAGGGGAAGAAGAAGAACAGGAAAGCACAUUAGCUACCAUGAACAACAUCUUUGGAAUUAUCUGCACCAUUUCAUUUUCUUUUGUUCACUUUUUGUUCCUCUCUUAUGGAUGUAACAUGGGUUUUAACGGUUCGCUAGCUGAGAUUUUGUUGCUGCACUGUUUUAUUCUAGUAUUGACAGCUUAUUUUGUAAUCUGUAUUUAACAGCAUCUUUAUCCUGGAUUUUCUGUCACCAAUAGGUAUCUUUAUCCUGGAUUUUCUGUCACUAAUAGAUUGAGUUGUGUCUC